GGGCUGGCUAAUAAAACUCCUCUUUAUUCCAACUGCCGGCGCGGUGUCAGUCUCACUGAACGCUACCUUUCCUCACAUUCUCCGCCAUGGCGUCGUAUGAAUUGAAAGGGCCGUCUGUGAGUCGCGAGGUGCCGGCAUUCAGCUCUAAGGAUCGCGACCACCACGAAUUGGUUCGCUUGGGGAAAAAGCCCGUGUUGAAGCGAACGUUUGGAAUUCUGUCCAUUCUCGGCUUCAGCUGUACGAUCCUUGCGACAUGGGAGGGUCUUCUAGGUGGUGGAUCGGCGGGCGCAGUAUACUCCUACAUACUUGUCUGGAUCGGAACAGCAUGUUGUUUCGUAAUUAUCGCGGAGAUGGCGUCGAUGGCUCCGACGUCAGGUGGUCAAUACCACUGGUGUGCCAUGCUGGCCCCGACAAGCAUGAUGAAGUUCCUCAGUUACAUGACGGGAUGGCUUACCGUCAUCGGGUGGCAAGCAGCCUUUGCCUCUGCGUCGUAUCUAUGCGGCACCGAGAUCCAAGGGGUGGCGAUCAUGGCCUAUGAAACCUAUAAUGCGGAAGCAUGGCACGGGACCUUAAUUCUAUGGGCUGCUGUGGCCUUAGCACUGGGAAUUAACCUUGUCGGAGGAAAGCUUCUGCCUCGAUUGGAGACCCUGGUAUUGGUUGUUCACAUUUUGGGAUUCUUCGGAGUGCUGAUCCCCUUGACCUACAUGGCCGAGCAUAAGUCAGCGAGGGAGGUGUUCAAGGAAUUUUCUAACGGAGGAAAUCUUCCGGCCGAUGGCAUAUCAUUUUUCGUUGGCAUGACAGGCUGCGUUUUCUCAUUCGCCGGUGGCGAUGCCGCUGUCCACAUGGCCGAGGAAGUGAGCAACGCGUCGAUCGUCAUCCCCCGGGCAAUUCUUCUGAGUGUGCUCAUCAACGGCACGUUGGGAUUUAGCAUGUUGAUUGCUAUGCUGUUUUGCAUGGGGGACGUGCAAAGUGCAUUGGACUCUGCCACGGGCUUCCCAUUCAUGGAAAUCUUCUACCAAGCCACCGAUUCCGUGUCGGGGGCCGUCGGAAUGUCCUCGAUUCUAUUGAUAAUUGCCGUAUGCUCGGUGAUUGGUAUGCUAGCAGCCACCUCGCGGCAAUUCUGGUCUUUCGCGCGAGAUCGUGGUAUUCCCGGAUGGCGCAUUUGGAGCCGGGUGUCCAAUAAAACAUGUCUCCCCACCUACUCGAUUCUCUUGACAAUGACUGUGUGCUCACUCUUAGGCCUCAUCAACAUUGGCUCGGCAGUCGCGCUCAAUGGCGUCCUCUCGAUGGCUGUGUCGGGUCUCUACCUUUCAUAUCUGACAGUCGGAUCCCUCCUACUCUACCGACGCUGUACACGCGCCAUUUGCGCAUUUAACGACUCGGCUGACGAGACUGUGAACGUCCCUGGAGCUAAGCUCGUUUGGGGCCCUUUCCACGUGUCGGGGCUCCUAGGGGUCUUAAUUAAUGCCUUCGCAGUGAUCUACAUGAUCAUAGUGGUGUUUUUCAGUUUCUGGCCGACCGAGAUCCCAGUCAAUAAAGAGAACAUGAACUUCAGCGUAGUGGGAACAGUGGGUGUGGUCAUUCUGGCUGUCUUGUAUUACGUUGUGCGAGCAAGGAAGGUCUAUCAGGGUCCGGUCAUGGAGGUGGCUCUGACGUCGGCGUCGGGGAUCUGGAGCUCAAGGUAGAGAUGUCUCGGAACUCGCGCGAAAUUAUCAAAUGGCUGCAAUCUCCUGAAACCAUGGGACUCACUGAACGGAUGC